UAUAUGAGAGAAAAAAAUAUAAUGAUGCUAGCCGCGCAAUCUACGUGGGCCACCAUACUCGUUUAGGUGAAACUCUAGGUAUGAAAAUCCAUCUCUAUCAUGUCAUUCAAAAAUUGAAAAUCAGAUGAGCUGUUCCUUGGAAAAAAUAUUCUGAACUCCUCUUUUGAAACCAUACCAAUUAAAAUCAUGCUUAUCUUUGUACCACCGAAAUAUAUAUAAAAAAACUUUUUAUAUAUGGACCAUUGGAUCGCAGGCUCACCUCAUCCAACGGCUAAAAAUCCACAAGGGUUGCCUAUAUAAGCCAAACCCUUUCGGCGUGUGCUCUGGCUCUGCCACCUCCCGUCUGUCACAAGCACCGACCGCCAUUUCCGUUUCUCCCUUCUGGCAUCUCUCUCCAGAGGCGAGCCGCUGAGACGGCGCCACUCCCCUCGGCAUGAAGCACCACGCCAUGAAGUCCCAGUCCCGCGCCUCGUCGUCGUCGGCGACGCACAAGCUCUCCCACGCCAUCGCGAAGGCGCCGCCGAGGAAGAUCAAGAUCGUGCACGUCCUGGCGCCGGAGGUCAUCAAGACGGACGCGAGGCACUUCCGCGACCUCGUCCAGCGGCUCACCGGGAAGCCGGCCGCCGACGGGCCCGCCGCGGCGUCGUCGCAGCCGGACCCGUGCGACACCGCUGGCGACGAGGGUGGCUUUGUCGCCGACGGCGCCGGUGCGGCGGCGGCGGCGGCGGCGGCGACGAUCAAGGCGGAAAUAAAGGUGGAGGAGGCCGUGGCGGAGGCGGAGGCGGAGGCGGAGGCGUCGGGAGGAUUACUGCACGCGCUCGGGGAAGACGACAGGAACGACAUGUUCUUACAGUGGCUACAGAGUGGCUCUUGCAUCGACAUGGAUGCUGUUGGUUUCUCAUGAAUCCGAUCAGGUGAUCCAUGCAUUGGAGUUCAUAGCCUUGAAUUCUCCAGAUCAUUGAUCCGGAUCCCUCGCGUUUAGAUGAUUUCGCCUUUCCUGACAUGAUUUUAGAUUUGAUUAAUAUAUAAUGGAGAUCUCCUAUUUUCCUUGUUUGCGUUGAUGAAGCGUCAAAUAUUAUCUUCCUCAGUUUCUUUGCAUUUUUGUCUUUUGAAGACUCUUUGAAAUACACUACAUAACUGAUAAAGUGAAAAUGGAAUAGAAACACCCAUUUCUUCUUUUAUUUAGAUGGGUUUUAGUAGCUUCCAGCUUUUGUCUGACACGGCAGAAUUUUUCUGAUAAAGUGUCUGGGGCUAAC